CAUCGGGCAGGACUCCGGGCAGAGGCACAUCGAGCAGGACCCCGGGCAGAGGCACAUCGAGCAGGACCCUGGGCAGAGGCACAUCGAGCAGGACCCCGGGCAGAGGCACAUCGGGCUACCAGGCGAAGCAGCAGGCAGCGGGCCACCGGGCGGGGCGACAGGCACCGGGCCCCCGGGCGGGGCGACAGGCCUCGGGCCCCCAGGCGGAGAGCGGCGGGCGCCGGACCCCAGGUGGAACUACAGGUCUCGGGCCCUCAGGCGGAGCGGCGGGCGCCGGACCCCCAGAAGGAGCGACAGGUCUCGGGCCCUCAGGCGGGGCGACAGGCAUCGGACCCCCAGGCGGGGCGACAGGCAUCGGACCCCCAGGCGGAGCGGCGGGCGCCGGACCCCCAGGCGGAGCGUCAGGUCUCGGGCCCUCAGGCGGAGGACGGAUCGGACCCCCAGGCAUCGGACCCCCAGGCGGGGCGACAGGCAUCGGACCCCCAGGCGGGGCGACAGGCAUCGGACCCCCAGGCGGGGCGACAGGCAUCGGGCCCC